GCCACCCUUCCGCCUGCUGCCCCUCCUCCCCGUCUCCCGCAAGAUGGCGGCGAGCGCGGCGCGGGCUGGGGGUGGUUGAGGGUGGCAGAUUAGUUCUUUUGGAGAGUAAAGACUUGGAGAGGAAAAUGACAUCGAUUAUCAAGUUGACUACGCUCUCGGGCGUGCAGGAGGAAUCUGCCCUUUGCUAUCUGUUGCAAGUAGAUGAGUUUCGUUUUCUUUUGGACUGUGGUUGGGAUGAGAACUUUUCUAUGGAUAUUAUUGAUUCUCUGAGGAAGCAUGUACACCAGGUUGAUGCUGUUCUGCUUUCCCACCCUGACCCUCUACACCUUGGUGCACUUCCAUAUGCAGUUGGAAAAAUGGGAUUGAAUUGUGCCAUUUAUGCAACUAUUCCUGUAUAUAAAAUGGGACAGAUGUUUAUGUAUGAUCUCUACCAGUCCCGCCACAACACUGAAGAUUUCACACUCUUUACAUUGGAUGAUGUAGAUGCAGCCUUUGAUAAGAUACAACAGCUGAAGUUUUCUCAGAUUGUGAACUUAAAAGGCAAAGGACAUGGUUUGUCAAUCACACCUUUGCCAGCUGGCCACAUGAUUGGAGGCACAAUUUGGAAGAUUGUCAAGGAUGGGGAGGAAGAAAUUGUUUAUGCUGUUGAUUUCAACCACAAGAGGGAGAUCCAUCUGAAUGGAUGUUCCUUGGAAAUGUUGAGCAGGCCUUCAUUGCUUAUUACAGAUUCAUUUAAUGCUACUUAUGUACAACCCAGGAGGAAGCAAAGGGAUGAACAGCUGCUGACUAAUGUUUUGGAGACAUUACGAGGUGAUGGAAAUGUAUUAAUAGCCGUGGAUACAGCAGGCAGAGUUCUGGAACUUGCUCAGCUUCUUGAUCAGAUCUGGAGAACAAAAGAUGCAGGAUUAGGAGUCUACUCUCUGGCACUUUUGAAUAAUGUCAGCUACAAUGUAGUGGAGUUCUCUAAAUCACAGGUUGAAUGGAUGAGUGACAAGUUGAUGAGGUGCUUUGAGGACAAGAGAAACAACCCUUUUCAGUUCCGCCAUCUCUCCUUAUGUCACAGUCUGUCUGAUCUGGCUCGAGUGCCUAGUCCAAAGGUUGUUCUUGCCAGUCAGCCUGACUUGGAGUGUGGGUUUUCUAGAGAUCUUUUCAUUCAGUGGUGCCAGGAUUCCAAAAACUCUGUAAUUUUAACUUACCGCACUACACCUGGAACAUUAGCACGAUUCCUGAUUGAUAAUCCUUCUGAAAAAGUUAUAGAUAUUGAGUUGAGAAAACGUGUCAAGUUGGAAGGAAAAGAACUUGAAGAAUACCUAGAAAAGGAGAAACUAAAGAAAGAGGCAGCUAAGAAGUUAGAGCAGUCCAAAGAGGCAGAUAUUGAUUCCAGUGAUGAGAGUGAUGCUGAAGAGGAUAUUGAUCAGCCGACUUUGCAUAAGACUAAGCAUGAUUUGAUGAUGAAAGGUGAAGGGAGCCGGAAAGGAAGCUUCUUCAAACAGGCAAAAAAAUCUUAUCCAAUGUUUCCAGCUCCUGAAGAAAGAAUUAAAUGGGAUGAAUAUGGUGAAAUUAUCAAACCUGAGGAUUUUCUAGUUCCAGAACUUCAAGCAACAGAAGAAGAAAAAAGCAAAUUAGAGUCUGGUUUGACAAAUGGAGAGGAGCCUAUGGACCAGGAUUUAUCAGAUGUUCCUACCAAAUGUAUUUCUGCAACAGAAUCCAUGGAAAUUAAAGCCAGAGUUACAUACAUUGACUAUGAGGGACGUUCAGACGGGGACUCAAUUAAAAAAAUUAUUAACCAAAUGAAACCAAGACAACUGGUCAUUGUCCAUGGACCACCUGAGGCCAGUCAGGACCUUGCAGAAUGUUGCAGAGCUUUUGGUGGAAAAGAUAUUAAAGUUUACAUGCCCAAACUUCAUGAAACUGUAGAUGCUACAAGUGAAACUCACAUUUACCAGGUCAGGUUGAAAGACUCUCUUGUCAGCUCUCUUCAGUUCUGUAAAGCCAAGGAUGCUGAGUUGGCUUGGAUAGAUGGUGUUCUGGACAUGAGGGUUUCAAAAGUGGAUACUGGCGUUAUUUUGGAAGAGGGAGAGUUGAGGGAAGAUGAAGACUUAGAGAUGCAAGUGGAUGUGCCUUCUUCAGACUCGAGUGUGAUUGCACAACAAAAGGCCAUGAAAAGCCUCUUUGGUGAUGAUGACAAGGAGAUGUGUGAGGAGAGUGAGAUCAUUCCUACUUUGGAACCUCUGCCACCUCAUGAGGUUCUUGGACAUCAGUCUGUGUUUAUGAAUGAGCCAAGACUCUCUGACUUCAAGCAGGUUCUCUUGCGGGAAGGUAUACAGGCUGAAUUUGUUGGAGGAGUGCUUGUGUGCAACAACCUGGUGGCUGUCCGCAGGACUGAAACAGGGCGUAUUGGAUUGGAAGGCUGCCUCUGCCAGGAUUUCUUUAGGAUAAGAGACCUUUUAUACGAGCAAUAUGCUAUUGUCUAAGAAAAGUGCUGCAAAGGUGUUCUCACUUGAACUUUUACGGAAAAUGGAGGUUUCUCCCAGUUCUGACUUUUUGUAGUUUUCUAAUUUAUACAGGGGAAACCUAAUUCAUACAGAACAGUUAGCUGCCAUGAACAUGUAAGUAACUGCUACUGUUGUUCAUAAAUUUGUUGGUACAUUCCAUGUAGUUGAAUCUUAAACUGUUACAACUUGGCAUCUCCCACAUAACACAUUAUAAAUGAGUUUAUGACUAUAAACACUUCUCAGGAAAGGUUCAAUUUGUCAGGGCAUGUUUUGGUUUCACAGGUUUCCUGUCAGAGUACGAAACAUGUAAAAGUCAUUCUUUUGUUCUAAAAUAAGAUGGGAUAAAGAACUUUGGUUUCUUUGGUUUUGUUAGUUUUGGUUUCUGAGUGUUUUUUUUGGUUUCAGUUGCUUGGGGGAUUUUUAGUAAAUUUGAUUAUGGGAACAGUCUCAAAUAUUUUCCUCUCUUUCUUUUAAAUUGAUGUUAGUUGAAGUACAUUAUUAACAGCCCACUUAAAGCUAGACUGCCUGAAGUUUCCCCAGUGUUAAUCUGGCUGUGUCUUAACGCUGUAUCUGUUCCAUCUUACUGAUUUGUUCUGAAACAGCACUUCAUAUUCUAAUCUGCAGGAUAAAAAAUUACUUGGGCAAAUACUCUAAGAAGAUUGGAUGAUGUUUUCAGGCGGUUUAAAAUGCAGUAAUUAUGUUUCAGAGUAACUUCUGCACAAACUUACAGAAUUUGUAACUCCUUGCAAAAUUACGCCAAUUGUAAAACCUUUCCUGACUUCUGAUUCUAAUAUUUGUCAAAGUCUAAAGCCUUUAUCCAUGCACUGCUGUUUGUUCAGAGUGCUAUGAGCGAAGUUCAGUAAGAUCUUUUCUCUGGAAAUCUGAGUUCACAUGAUAUAUUUAAUAAUUUUGUGCCAUGUUCUGUUCUAGCUGACAGUGAGACUUAUUGUAGCUGCUGAUGCUAGGAAUUUACCUUACUAUUAGGUAAGGAUAAACACAGUUUUAAGUUCAUUAAUUUCUCAGAAAUUAACUUAUGAAAACAAAUGGCCUCUUGAGUUUAUUUAAUCGUUUUCUCCCCUGUCCAUGUGUGAAACACCAGCUUUGGCAGUGGAGGGUUGUUUGCUUUUUGCAUAAAACAGCAAUGUAAUAUAUGCUCUUUGUGUGUAUGCUCAAAUAAAAGCUUUUGAAAAAGUGGCAAAAAAUAGCCCUGUGGGCUAUCAGUGGAAAGAUAAUUUACUUUGCAAUUCAUUCUCAACAAAAAUUUUCUAUCUGAUCUACAUACCAUUCUGUUUAAAAUAAUAGUUUAAAAGUAAGACUCCAUUAAACAUUUGAUAGAACUAUAUACUAGAAAUGUAAAAAACUUGAAAAUAUAAUACUGAGUGAAAAUGUAUUUUCUUACACAAAAUCUAGGGAUGACUAGACAGCUGAAUGUAGUGGGGUUUUUCCUUAACAGUCUGGAAAAAUGUGUUUCCCUUAUUGACAACCAGAACUCCAUAGAAAUGCUCUGGUUUUGUAGCAAUGUUACGUAAAUCUAUAUGAUGCUGCAUACUUGUUGCUGAGUACUAUUGUAUUACCACUGUUGCUGAUACUAGUGAACUUUUAUAAAGUUACUUCGUACAUAGUCA